AUGGCAACGUCUGCUGGAGUAUGGAAGCUGCUACUCGCUGUGGCAACAGCAACAUUAUUGUCAAUUGUCUGCAACGCUGCAGCAUCACAAACUUCAUCAACGACCGGAGGGCGCGAGCAGGCAACGGAAGUGCAUGCCAGCCAUGCCCACAAAAACACAGUUCAUGCCUAUGCAAAUCAUGUGGGACAACAACAACAACAACAUCAACAAUAUCAGCGACCAACGCAACAGCAGUAUUAUGACUCUCGGAGCAAUCAUAAUGGCAUUGCUACUCCCACCACAGCAACAGACUCAGCAGCAGAAAAUUCAGCUCGCCGCAGUUACAAUGGUUAUAGCCCCAAUGGUAGCAGCGGCGGCGGGGGCAGUGGUGCGGGUGGCUGGUUCGGUGCUUAUAAUGGCGGCAAUAGCGGCGGUGGCAGCAGUAGUAGUUACAACUUUGGGGCAGCAAAGCUUAAUGGUCUCACAAAUCUCGCUGGUUUGCGGCAUAUUAGUAGCGGUUUUGGCGGUAGUGCUGGUGGUCCAACAGCAGCUGCUUUGGUACAACAACAACAACAACAACAAAAACCAAUUUACGAACAACAGCAAGAAAACGAUUAUGGCGCAUCCGGCGCAGCAGGACAUUCCAGUGCUACUGCAUACUCAGCACCACAGUCAAACGAUAAAAUGUCCGAUGGCAAUUUUCUGCAUCGUUUCGAGCAUAAUUCUGGCGGUUAUGAUGAACUUUCAGACGCCUCUACAUACGCACAUCAGCAAUACUUCACGCCACAUGAUGGCCACUCCGGCUCCGAUUCGGGCAGUUCAUCUGCAUCUGGCGGUGAUGCGGAGGUUUCGUUUUCACACCAUCAUGGCGGUGAUGGUGGUGGUGGUGCUGGCGGUGAAGCUGAUGAGGGCUCUUCGGGGUCUUCAUAUGAUGAAUCCGCCAACUAUCUAUCCCAUGAGCAUCAUUCAGAAGGUGGACAUUCUCCAUCACAUGUAAUCAACUACAUUCCUUAUCCAGUGGUGAAAAAGGUGCACGUUCCCGUGCGUGAACCCGUUCAUAUACCAAUUUCGCAUGCGGUUAUCGUACCCGUCAACAAGCCGGUGCCCAUUCACGUCCCUGUAACGAAAAGCGUAGCUGUACCUGUUCAAAAAGAGCUCCGAGUGCCGGUAGAACGUGUGGUUCCAUAUCCGGUUGAGAAACCUGUGCCUGUGCCCGUGGAGAAGCGUGUACCAUUUGAGGUGAUUAAAUAUGUAACGGUCAAGGUGCCUCAUCCGUUCCCUGUCAAGGUGCCAGUGUUCAAGACCAUAUUGCACAAGGUGAAGAAGGGCGGCUCGUGGUAAGUACGUCGGAGAGCCGAAGCAGAACACUGGGUGGCAAGCUUUGCCUAACACAGCUCGGGAAUACACUGGAACAGUUACACAUCCACAUGUGCCCGUACAGACGAGUAUAUAUUAAUCCAUAGACUGUUGUUGUAUCGCUUUAAGC